AUGUCGACGUCUUCAACAACUUCAGCAAAUACUCCGCGUUAUGGUACUCUUCCAAUAACUCCAAAACCCAUUCCAAUAACAAAAAACGGUGUCAUAAAAAUAAAAGAGCUUAGGCCAUGGAUUCGUGGUUUUGACUUGAAAUGUAUCAUAUUACAACAUAUUUCAUCUCGUGUUUUGAAGUCUAUAGCAGAAGUUGAGAUUCAUAAUUUUCUUGUUGCUGACGAUACAGCAGUGUGUACACUUGUUAUUUGGGAAAAUGGACAAUAUUACAAAAGUGGUGACAUUGUUCAAAUAACCCAUGGUGAAACUAGAAUUCAUGAAGGUACAUUCGAAUUGACUGUAAACAAAAAUUUUGGAAAAAUAAAAGUCGGAUGUAAUGCCCUAUGUCGAAGAAGAACAACCCAACUUGAGCAGUUUAUUAUGGGUCCAAGAAGAAGACAAUCAAUUUGUAAGAUUAUUAGAAUACGAAAGGUACCAAAGACUCAUAAUCAUGUACCUCUCGAUUUAGUUACUUUUAAACCAAUUGAACAAAACUCUCAACAAGCUCAGAGAAAUAAUAGUGAAUCACAAAUACAGACGAUGACUCAACUAACGAACACUGAAAUCAAACAAGAGGAUGAUGUUAAAAUAAAAUUAGAAGAAGAGAUAAAUGGCACUUCGAAUAAUGUCUCCGAAGUAAAACAGGAGCAACAACAUAUGCGCCCUCAAAUGUGGCGUCAAUCGAGCGAAUCACGGCAGCAUCAAUCUGGCCAUCUAUCAUCUCAACAAUUUGAUCGCCCGCGCGGCGCUAAACGUAAACAAUCUUAUAGGCGUGAUAGCUGGUGGUCAGAUAACCGUGACCGUGAUCAAGACAGAGAUGGAAUGAGAGGCGAUUCGAGAAAUGAACGUGGCGACCGUGGUCGAAAUCAGGACAACAGACGUGGGCGUCAACAACCACGUAGUAGGGGAAGUCGUGACUGGGACCGAGGUAGAGACAGGGAUCAUCGUGAACGUGAAUGGGAAUAUAAUAGACCACAUACCGAUCUUGAUCGUCCAGAAGAGGGUGAACUGGUGGACAUUGAUUUUACUUCUUUUUCUGCUGGUAUGAAUAGAGGAGAAAAUAAUCAUUCUGCUCGCAAGCAACCAGGGCUUGAUUGA